AAGCGCCGGCUUGCACGCUCGUCCAGUCGCUGCCAGACUGCAACAAACAUGGGCUGGCGUCUGGUCUCAACCAUCAGCAGCUGGAUCCCAUGCCUGUGCAGUGGUGCUCCAUGUCUGGUGUGCUCCUGUUGCCCGACCGGGAGGACUUCAAUUGUAACACGACUGGUGUAUACAACUAUACUAUUAAUUGGUACAUGUGUUGCUGGCAUCAUGCUUGUUCCUGGGGUGGAAGAUCAAUUGAUGAAGAUUCCAGGAUUCUGCGAGUUUGCUUCUAAUACCCAAUUGCCUGAAGAGAAUCCUGCCAUAUGCAGAGUGUUAGUUGGUUACAAGUCUGUGUAUCGCACCUGUUUUGGAAUGGCCACUUUCUUUCUGCUAUUAGCUUUGCUUAUGAUCAAUGUGAGAAAUAGCAGAGAUCCAAGAGCCCUGGUACAUAACGGUUUCUGGCUAUUCAAGUUUGGAGCACUUGUUUCAAUUAUGGUUGGUGCAUUUUAUAUCCCUGAAGGAUACUUCAGCCGAGUGUCAUUUGGAAUUGGUUCAGCUGGUGCUUUUUGUUUCAUCCUAACGCAACUAGUCCUGCUGAUCGACUUUGGCAACUCCUGGAAUGAAUCCUGGCUGAAAAAAUCAGAGGAGGGUGGAUCGCGAUGUUGGCAUUUUGCACUUCUAUCAGUUACCUGUCUUAACUACGUUUUGUCGUUAACCACUGCAGUCCUCUGCUAUGUAUUCUACACUGCAGUAGAUGAUUGUAUUGAAAAUAAAUUUGUUAUUAGCUUCAACACACUUAUCUGUGUUGUAGCUUCUUUAAUAUCAGUUCAUCCAAAGAUUCAGGAAUUCCAGGUGUGUACUGGCCUUCAGCCCUCCAUCAUCUCUCUGUAUAUUAUGUACCUUACCUGGUCAGCAAUGACAAAUGAACCAGAUGAUAAAUGCAAUCCCAUCAUAAUGAGCUUCUUUGAACAGACAAUUCCCAGCUCUGACUUAAAUAACAACACUGCAAUCACAACUAAUGCCUUAGACAGAGGAUUAAAAUGGGAUAUCCAAUGCAUUGUCGGAUUAGUCUUAUUUCUUAUUUGCAUCUUAUAUUUGAGCAUUAGGAAGUCGAGCUGCACACAGAGGCAUGGCCACUCCAUCAAUAAUAUAGAUGCCGGAUCUUUGGAAAGUGUAUCAAUCCAGGAGGGCUGUGAGGAAGUACAUCGAUUUCAGGACAAUGAAAAGGAAGGAGUUCAUUACAGUUACUCAUUUUUCCACUUCAUUCUUUUCCUGGCAUCUAUGUAUGUUAUGAUGACACUAACUAACUGGCAUAGUCAUAGACCUGAUUUCAAGAGAAUUUCAAGCAGUUGGAUUGCAGUUUGGAUGAAGUUUGCUUCCAUAUGGGUUUGUAGCUCCCUUUACAUCUGGACUCUCCUGGCUCCUUUGGUUCUUUCCAAGCAUGAGGAUUUUGAAGAAAAUAUAAACUGAGAAUGAAGUGGGAAAAGCAGGCAUGGAAGAAGAGUUCAUUUACUGCACUGUGAGAUCCUUAAUACAACCUUUCUUAUAAAUAACAGCUUUAUACCAACCUAAAUUAAAUACACAUACCCAAUCCAUCAUUAAUCUUUGUGGCUAAAGGAUGUGCAUCUGUUAUUGUUGAUAAAUAAUAAUUUAACCAUGCGUAACCUGUUCUUCGGAUUGAUAAUGGAUUAUCAGAUGAAGUUCCAUUGUAAGGAAUAAACAUUCCGUUAUUCGUGCAGCUAUGUGAUGUAAUUAUAUAUAUAUAUAUAUAUAUAUAGAUGUGUGUGUGUGUGUGUGUGUAUUUAUAUUUAUGUCUGUAUAUACAGUAUGCAGCAGCACUAGCAAAUACAUUUGCAAAGAUUAAGAGAAUAAUAAAUUAUGGAACAACAUAGAACAUAGAAAUGUCACAUAGCUUGAUGAUCAAAUUUAGUCACUAUGGCCAUUAUUACUUCUGAGAUUUGUAUUACUAACUCUAAACUUAAUUUGGAAAAUGUGUGACUUGGGCGGUGUGAUGGUUGGGUUGCCAAGAUCGGAGAACAACUCAUCCUUCUCUAAAUUUGCUUGUAUCUGUAGUCAUCUUCUUCUGGCUUGUAAUAACCAUAAUGUCUACCAAAGUGAGCAAUAAGAUAUUCCAUUCAGUGCUCUGAGAUUAUUGAACAGCAGCAUAAUUUUAGCUGCUUCCCUUGGGAUUGAAGAUGACUUGAUUCCACUCUUGUGAGUUCUGAGAUGAAUUAUGAGGCCAGUGUGUAAUCUGCUGGUGCUGCCACAGCCAAGUCAGGAGAGUGAAUGAGUUAUUUGAGUAGUUUGGUGCUCCUUCCAUUGCUUACACUGGGCUUUCCAGUGCUCUGAAGGAAUGGAUUCGAAGUUAUCAGCAUCCCAUUGCAUGCUUCUCCAUUUUGAGCAGGGUGGUCCAGAGUUAACUACACAUUAGUGUGAAUAUUAGAGUCUCUUAACAAAGUUUGAGUCAUUUCUUCUGUCCAGGUGGUAAUAUUGACAGGACAGGGCUCAGAGCAGAAGGUCCACUUCAAAUGUCUGGCUUGGGCAUGCAAAUAAUGUAGCUUUCCUAUUGGAACUGGUUGAAUGUAAUUAGAUCCCAAUAUUGGGAGUGUUGGCCCGAGAGAGUGCAUUCUGUAUUCCAUCUCAUUGUCAUAAACAUUUUAGAAUUUAAACAUAUUAUAAAACAUUAUGAUAAUGGAAAUCUAUAUCCUAUGAAUUUAAAAGCUCGUAUAUUUAGGAAUACAUCUCAGCAAACAUACAGGUAUUACAUCUAUAUCAAAGCAUCUCUGUUCCAAAUCAGAAUGCUUGUAAUAUUCGUGCUUAAUGCUGUCUGUUGUUCAGUAUUUCUGUGAAAGUAUUAAGCAUAAAGAAAGGUAUAAAAGUUCUUUAUUGGGCCCUACUGUAUGAUCUGGUAAAGAUCACUGGAAAUGAUAUUUUUGUAAAGCUUCUAAAGCUGAAGAACCUAGGCUGCAAUAGUUCCUUUCAUAGCACAGCUCAGAGAGGCAGCACUCUGUCUCUAGUGGGUUUCAUUGUUUUUAAUCCUUUCUUUGGAUGCACUGUAGGAGUCAGUUAAACUAAAUUUACAGAGCAGGCUCAGUCACACUGAAAUGGUUGUGGAAGUUGUGGCAAGGCCAGGGUUAACAUAAUGUCCAGGCAAGGACAGACUGCAGAUAGCCAAGGCAAGAAAGGCCUUUGAAGAGCAUAACUUCCCUUUGCACAAUGGGGAACUGGAGCCAUUCUGGCUUACUGAGACGAGAUAAGAAUGCAAGGAGCACUCACACCAACUAAAGGACAAUUACUUUACCAACUUUAAACUAUCAUUAUUUGUUAGCUUGUAGUUUAUAAUGACUUUUAACACCUGCGCUGUGAAUGGCAAUCAGUCUUGUAAAUAAAGAAAAUGAACAUACAUGCUGUUAUCCGUAACUGCAAGUCAAUUUUGUAUAACGUAAUUUCUCUGUUUGGACUUCAGACCAGU